ACAUAACAAAUUAUAUAUUACAUCUUCUAUUCACUUAUUUUGUUCAUGUUAUUCCUCUCUCUCAGCUCUUUGAAGGUAGGAACAUUUUGGUCUUUGUGACUGGCACAUAAUAGACAUUUCAGUAGUGCUUGAAUACCUAAUGCAGGUGUAAAAAUUUAUAUUAAUUGACUCAUUUUAUUAUAAAUGUAUACACAGAUUAAAAAACAUUAUAUGGCUAAGUUUAGAGUUUAUUUAAUACAAUAAUAAUUUACUGAUGGAUUUAUAUUUAUGUAAGCUGAUCUAAAGACAAGUUGCCCUUUUCAAUUCAUUUUUUGCUUUUUUUCUUUAUUCUUUUAGAAAUGAGAAGACUUUAAAUCUAUGGAUCUGAAAUAUUCAAAGUUAGCACUCUAUGUAUAUGAAUAUCUGCUCCAUGUAGGAGCUCAGAAAUCUGCUCAGACAUUUUUAUCAGAGAUAAGAUGGGAAAAAAACAUCACAUUGGGGGAACCUCCAGGCUUCUUGCAUUCUUGGUGGUGUGUAUUUUGGGAUCUCUACUGUGCAGCUCCAGAAAGACGUGAAACAUGUGAACACUCAAGUGAAGCUAAAGCCUUCCAUGAUUAUAGUGCUGCAGCAGCUCCCAGUCCAGUGCUAGGAAACAUUCCCCCAGGAGAUGGCAUGCCAGUAGGUCCUGUACCACCAGGGUUCUUUCAGCCUUUCAUGUCACCUCGGUACCCUGGAGGUCCAAGACCACCACUGAGAAUACCUAACCAGGCACUUGGAGGUGUCCCAGGAAGUCAGCCAUUACUGCCUAGUGGAAUGGACCCAACUCGACAACAAGGACAUCCAAAUAUGGGUGGACCAAUGCAGAGAAUGACUCCUCCAAGAGGAAUGGUUCCCUUAGGGCCACAGUCUGACCCUUGGUUAUCAUUGCAGAACUAUGGAGGUGCAAUGAGGCCCCCUCUGAAUGCUUUAGGUGGCCCUGGAAUGCCUGGAAUGAACAUGGGUCCAGGUGGUGGUAGACCUUGGCCAAAUCCAACAAAUGCCAAUUCAAUACCCUAUUCCUCAGCAUCUCCUGGGAAUUAUGUAGGUCCUCCAGGAGGUGGAGGGCCACCAGGAACUCCCAUCAUGCCUAGUCCAGCAGAUUCUACCAAUUCUGGAGACAACAUGUAUACUCUAAUGAAUGCAGUACCUCCUGGACCCAACAGACCUAAUUUUCCAAUGGGCCCAGGGUCAGAUGGUCCAAUGGGUGGAUUAGGAGGAAUGGAGUCACAUCACAUGAAUGGAUCUUUAGGCUCAGGAGAUAUGGACAGUAUUUCCAAAAAUUCUCCCAACAAUAUGAGCCUGAGUAAUCAACCUGGCACUCCAAGGGAUGAUGGUGAAAUGGGGGGAAAUUUCUUAAAUCCUUUUCAGAGUGAGAGUUAUUCCCCGAGCAUGACAAUGAGUGUGUGAUCCAUUUCCAAGCCUCCUCUGACAACAACAGUGAGUCAGCCUUCUUCACAGAACUACUACGGAAGAAAAUUAUUCAUCAUCGUGUACAGUUUAACAAACAAAAGGAUCUCAGUCACAAACAAACCAACUCUAUUUUUUUCCUGCUUUCUCCUUUAUUUCGUGAAGAAAGCAGGUCCAAACGUGAUUCAAACAACUGUACGGAGUGGCAUUAAAAAUUGCCCUAAAUUGAACUGCAAAUAAUUAUCUGUGUAUGUAUAUGUGUGGGACAAUGAAUGUACUGUAUAUGUGUAUGUUAUAUAGACAUAUACAUGCACACAUACAUACAUGUAUCCACAGGACAUUGUAAAAUAAUUAUCACAUGACAUCUUAAGUAGAAAUAAGUAGGGACUUUUAUUCCGUCUUUUUUCACGUUUACAUUUUAAUUAUUAAAAGUUACUUUUCCCUCCCCCUGAACUAUUUUGUGCUGUGUAUAUCACUGCUUUAUAUAAGUUAUUUUUUAAGGUGAAUUCAGAUGUUAUGGUUUUGUAAAUGUCUGCGAUCAUGGAUAGGAAUAAAAUUGCUUAUUUGAGAGCUUUCAUUAAAUGGUGUCUGAUGCAAGUUAUCCUGUGAUUCACAAACUGUGCUGUCUCAAGAAAUAGAAGAAAGCUUGUCUGAUUUUUAUGUCAAAAUCUACUGAUUUCUCACUUACUUUUGGUGAAAGUUUUUUUGUACUUUGCCUUUAGGGGAAAAAAGUGAUUUUAAAUAAGGCCUAAUGCAGUACAUUUCUGCACUUUGGGGCUACAAUGAAGUUUUCAAAUUUACCUUAGUUUAUACAAGAAACUACCAUUUUUCCCCAGUUUUACAAUGCAGCAAUAAAGUGGCAGUUGUCCCCUGUUCAGGAACAUAUUUUUUUUGCUUGCCAAAAUCAGCUAAGAAGGGAGAACUAGGACAUUUCCUUUAACAUGUUGUCAUUUCUUACCAGAAAUAUAAGCGUGAGACCUUUAUUCACAUGGCUACCAUAAAAUUUAUCCAAAUUGAUUGAAGGUAUCACAUUAGGCCUAUGGGUUUGAAGCAAAUGGGUUGGAAGUAUGACUUUUUACCAAAGAGAUAAAAUAAUUUCACCAGUCUUGGAGAACCACUAUCAUGAUCUCUUCUGCUCCCCGGUGAUUUUUUAAACUAGCAGAAAUGAUGGAUUAUUGAACCUUUCUAUACAUAACCAUUUCACAGGUGGGAUUCUUCUGUGACCCUCCCAAAUGUAUUAUGCUGAUAAAAAUAUUGCUUUCAUCUGGUUAAAUCACCAUUCUCUGCCAAAGAUAACCACAAAUUGGUAAUUUAAAACAACAGCAACAAUUUAACCAUGUUGGUAAUGAGACAGCAUUUUGAUAGAAUGGAAUCAAAACACCAGAAUUUGAAUCUUGACUCUUCUUCUUAUUCCUCAUAUGAUGUUGGGCAAGUCACUUAAGAUCAGAGGAUCAUAGAUUUUAGCAGCUCCCUCUCUGGAACUUGGUCUCCUCAUCUAUAAAAUGAAGGGGUCCCUCUAAGGUCCCUAUCAGCUUGUGAUCCUGUGCGAGUACCUUGUUCUGUGGUAUUCUUGCUUUGUUGGACUUCAUUAGGAAAAAAUCCUCUGGAGAGAUGCCCUGCAGCUUUCAGCUACAGCAGAGGGUGGAGAUGGUCUCACCUUAAUUUCUGAAACAAAAGCGAGUCAUAGAUCACCCUGUCAAAAUCGUGAUAUAGAAUAUUCAUCAGUGGCCAUUCAGCAACUAUAGUUCCAAACUCAGGAGACUGUGAGAAGAGAUUGUUUUAUCUUAGGUGAGGAGAAUCUUCUGUGUUUUGCAGAAAAGCCCCUAUAAUUUUUUAAAGCCAGAUUAUUUCUGGAUUCUGGUCCUAGAUGACUUAUUUCUCUCAAAUCCUUAAUGAUUUAUUCUCAAAAAAAAUAAAGAUUUUUCCUGUGUCUGCUGGGGAUGCAAGUUAGAGCUAACUGUUCAGUGAAGAAAGGAGCUGAAUUAAAUUUAUAGUACAGAUUUAAACUGUAAUAAAAUGAGUCACCAUGAAUCACAGGGAGCUCAGGAGAUAAGAGCACAGGCCUGCACAGCAAGGAGCAGCCCCAAAGCCUCGAGCUGCAGAAGCCUUCUUUUUUCACACAAGACAUCCACCUCAAAUUUAUCUUAGUCAGUUGGAAAGUAUCUUAAAGACGACAGAGACGACAGUGCACAGAUACUGGGCUUUUAUCAAAAAUGGUCCCAAACCUGCAACUAUUUUUCAGAAAAAAGUACCAAAAUAUAUUUGGAGAAUCCCUUAAUUCUUACCUAAUCUUAUAGUACUGUAUUUCAGCCAUUUUGUUGACUACUUUCCCCAUUUUUAAAUUUUUGAAUUUUUUUUCAUUAUUUGACAAAAAAUGACUUCCUGUUUCAGAGAAUCUUAAGCCUGAUUUAGCUGUUCUUAUUUAGAGGUAAUAUUAGAAUAAAAAGAGUACUGUUGUCCUCCUUAUUUCUAGUCCAUGUUUUAAGAAUUGCAAAAAAGAGAAUUUUCAAAGUAUAACACAUUUGUCAUUUUCUUUUUCUCUUUGAGACUUUCAUUGACACCAGCCAUACAGAUAAACACUUUCUAGAAGAAAAAAAGUUAUCAUCUAUUUGGAUUGGUUUGGUUUAUCUUACGCAAAAAUAAGAUCAUUCAAGAAAGCACAAAAACAUAAUUUGCAUUCAUUAAAAGGUCGUAUUCUUCAUGUGUCAAAAAAUUAUGUCUUAUUUACAGAAAGAAAUAAAUAUAUCUGGGAUUUUUUAGGUUCUAAUUCAUUAAGCCCAGGUCAGUCUUUCCCACUUCUGGCAAAAUCCUUCAGCUUUCUACUUGUCCCAUUAUUUUCAUCUUUCCUCAUGUAUGAGGUGAUCUCAAUGCACACUUACUUUUUCUGAUUGUUUUUACACUUUUCUCCUCAUAUAAAUGGUGGCAUCAGCAUCCCUUGCCUUCCAAAUUUAUAUUACAUUGGGAGGGAAUAUAUAAAUAAAACACAGAAAAACAAUGUAUGAAACAUUGUUUUUAUUAGUUUUGUAUUAUUCUAAUUUUCUGAUUUAAGGCAUUUAUCAACCCUUUUCAGGAUGUAGGCUUAAUUCCACCAGAAUAUUAGUCUUCCUUUUCACAAAUUUGCCUAUAGAGGACAGACUUUUUUAUUCCAUAGAUUUUAGCAAGUGUUGGAUUAUUUGUAAUGGUUUUCUGGUUUGAAUAUAGUGUCUUAAUUCCAAAUUUGAAGACCCAAGAUUCAAAGUUUUCUGUUCAUUAAAGGACAGCCAUACUGAUUCUAUUGCCCUUGGAUAUAGAUAUACAGAAUAGCCUCCUGGACACAGAAAGAGAUCCUCCUCCAUUUUCCAGGAUUUUUCAGGGUAGCUAAGAUCCUGCACAGUUACUCCCCAAAUCAUUCCAUCACCAAAUCCGGAAUUAUCAGUGUCCAAGUGCAGAAGUUCUUACUUCAGAAUGUCUCAUAAGAAGUGGCUAUAAAUAACCAUCUAAUUCUGUCCACUUUUCCUCUACCCUCCUCAUGCCCACAAACUGUAGAACACAUAUCUGGACAUGAACAUUUUCCUUGAAGAAAUAAGAUACUUAUCAUUGGAAAGCCAUGAAUUUAUUUCUAUGGCUUUCUAGUCCAGUACUCUAUCCUCAUCUACAGAAAGACAAAUCAUUCCAAAAUAUUUGCUUUUUGAAUCUUUAUUUUUAAGAAGUUUAAAUGUCUACUGCUUAUAACACUCUGGUUUUUCUAGGGACAAAACUUAGAAAUAAAUCUUGAUUCUCUUUUAUGUGAAGGAAAGUAGAAUUAUAGAAUACAUUAGAUCGUGGUUAUUUGGCUUUGGAGAGUUUUUAGUAUGGAGUAUAUAUAUCCUAUAUAUGUUUGUGUACAUGUGGAUAUACACAUGUGUAAUUAUAUUAUGUAAGUAUAUUUAUAAACAUAUCUAGAAAUUCUGCUAGUAGCUUUAUCUUUUUAGGUGUUUUACUAAGGCUACUAUUUUGUACUCCUCAAAGACAGGCAGUGAUAAGUGAAGAAGUAGUUCAGACAGCUCUGAAAAGUAUAGGGAACCUACUGAAAGUUGAAGAAAAUCAUUCUGGAUAAAUCCACAAACUAGAUUGAUUAGUGGCUCACAGGAUGAGAGGAACUUUUGUAAAAAUUGGUUUUUCUGUUCCUUUGUAAUCAAUAUAAUAGAAUAUCAACCAGCACUAUAUAGUAAAUGCAAACAAUUACCUUUGCUAACAUUUCCAUGAAAAUGCAUCAUGAGAGAAAUACAGGGAGUGAAUCUGAUUCAAUGUUAUCAGCUAGUUUUGUACUACUAGAAGUAUAUUCAUCUACUAUGUUCAUUUUUUCUUUGGGGAAGGGCAGAGUGGGAAUGGGAUGAGAUCUGUUAUUAGUGUGGGGUAUUUUGUUCUGCUGCAUUGAGUCAGAUUCUCUUCUUAAAGUAUAUUUUUAUAUUACUUUUAUGUCUGAAAAGAACAUUGUUCCAAAGGUAUUUGGGGAGAAAAAAGUUAAUGGAAUGUAAAUCAAUAUAGCUUUGUAGGACUUAUCAUUAUUGACACAAUUGUUUUCAGUUCCCACUAUCUAACAUUUAUUAAGCAUCCUAAGAAGAGUCAACAAGCAUUUAUUAAGCACCUAAAAUGUGGCAGGCAGUGUGCUAAGCUAUGAGGAUGCAAAGAAAAGCAAAAACAAAAACAAAAACCAGCCUCUGCUCUCAAGAUCAAAGUCUAAUGGAGGAGAUCAUUCAUUCCUGCUGGCCAUUAUCCCUAUUCCUAACUACUGCAUUUAAUUAGAGAGCUUACCUUUAAUUAAUGUGAAAAAAUUGGGGGGUCAAAAUUGGUUCCCACUUUGUUUAGAAAUGCAAUAUUUUCCAUCCCCAGAUCUCAUAAAACAGAGUCUAAGGAAUUAUAAUCAAAAUGCACAUUUUGAAUGAUGUUAAAUCUGAGGACAAACAGCAGAUGAAUUGAAUUCUGCUUCCCAUUUUAAUCUGUCUUUUAAAAUGUUUGAAGUUUUUUGAGAGAUGCCAUACUCAGCACUGGAGAUAUAAAACACAGUCGAUUUCAUCCUUUGGAUUUUUUUUUGUUUUUCUCCUUUGUUCCUCCCUCUUUUCCUCAAAUAUUUUUGGAAAAAGGAAAUGUGUAUGUGUGUGAACGAGUGUGUGUGUUAUUUCCUUUAUAUGGGAUCAUAUAUAGAUUUAGAACUGGAAGGGAUCUCAUCAUAUUCUUUCAUCUGUAAAAUAUGGAAACUGGGGAUAAGUAACUUGUACAUAAUUUUCCCCUCCUAGAAUACCUGCUUCUCUGCAGAAGUAAGAACUAUUUUUUAAAAAUAAAUAAAAGUGCUGGGGUACUUCCUAA